AUUAGUAAAAGCACAAACUGACCAACUAGCCAGGUAACAGGAUCCUUUAGAAGAACCCAGUGCUCUGAACUGCUGAGCAUCUCUCCAGCACUUUUCAGAACAAUCUGAGAGCAGGCUGCAUACACUGUACCUCCUUGAUGCUUUACUUUCUAGAGUAUACCUUUAAGAACAAGGAGUUUUGGAGUCUUGGCUCCAAUAUGACCAAAAAAAGGAAAAACAAUAGUCGUGCCAAAAAAGGCCUGGGCCAUGUGCAGCCAAUUCGCUGCACGAACUGUGCCCAGUGUGUGCCCAAGUUCAUCAUUCGGAACAUCAUAGAAGCCGCUGCAGUCAGGGACAUAUCUGAAGCAAGUGUCUUCGACGCUUACGUGCUUCCCAAGCUCUUUGUCAAGCUGCACUACUGCGUGAGCUGUGCCAUUCACAGCAAGGUCACCAGGAAUCCAUCUCGUGAGGACCGAACACCCCCACCACGAUUCAGACCUGCUGGCACUGCACCACGACCUCCACCAAAGCCCAUGUGAAGAGGAGAUUUCAUGAAGACAGAAAGAAAAAUACUUUGGAAAAAUAAAAAGGAAGUUAUACUUAAAAAAAAAAAAAGAACAAGGAGUUUCUUAGACACCAGUUAUCAACUUUACGAAAUUUAAUAUUUACCUUUCAACAAUUAUCUUUUAACCCAAUUAAACAUUAACUUUUACUAAUCUACUAUGCAUAUUCCUGCUUGUGAGCCACCCUCAAAAGUUUUCAUUAUAGCUAUUUCCCUCGACUGAGAGUCAGAGUUUAAUCUAGGAUCACGUUAUAUUUAAGAUCACAUCUCUAUUAUAGUUUUUCCCCAACCCUGUUGUUACAGGAUUCUUUUUAUUCUUUUCUUUUUUUCGGAGCUGGGGACUGAA